CGGCUCCUCCGGGCGCGAUCAGUGCGGGGCGGACGCGGCGCGGAUGGAGCCGUCGGCGAUGCUGAGCUGCUGGGGCGCGGUGCUGGGCGCCGCCGUGUCCGUGCCCCUCGUGCUGCUGGCGGCGGCGCCCUACGUCAGGCGGUACGUGGCCGGAGGGCGCUGCGGGUCCGCGGCCAGGCUGGACGGGAAGGUGGCGGUGAUCACGGGCGCCAACACCGGCAUCGGCAAAGAGACCGCCAGGGAGCUCGCCCGGAGAGGUGCGAGGGUGAUCAUUGCCUGCAGAGACAUUGCAAAGGCAGAAGCUGCAGCGCGUGAAAUCCGAGCUGAGACAAACAAUCAGGAAGUCAUUGUGAAAAAGCUGGAUUUGGCUGAUACCAGGUCCAUCCGGGAGUUUGCUAACAGCUUCCUAGCAGAAGAGAAGGAACUCCAUAUCCUCAUUAAUAAUGCUGGGGUAAUGUUAUGCCCUUAUUCCAAGACAGCCGAUGGCUUUGAGAUGCACCUGGGAGUCAAUCAUCUUGGUCAUUUUCUUUUAACCUUCUUAUUACUGGAGCGUCUGAAGCAGUCUGCACCAUCCCGCAUUGUGAACGUGUCCUCACUGGCUCAUCACGGAGGCCGAAUCCGCUUCCACGACCUCAAUGGUGAGAAGAGCUACAAUCGUGGCCUCGCUUACUGUCACAGCAAGUUGGCCAAUGUCCUUUUCACCCGAGAGCUGGCAAAGCGACUGCAAGGCACUAAAGUCACAGCAAAUGCUCUCCAUCCUGGGUCUGUCCAUUCUGAGCUGGUCCGGCACUCAUUUGUAAUGACGUGGCUAUGGAGGAUAUUCUCAUUCUUCUUGAAGACUCCAUGGGAAGGAGCUCAGACCAGUGUGUACUGUGCAGUAGCAGAGGAGCUAGAAUCCGUGACAGGACAGUAUUUCAGCGAUUGCCGGCCAGCAUAUGUGUCUCCAUGGGGUCGAGAUGAUGAGACAGCAAAGAAGCUCUGGAAUGUGAGCUGUGAGCUCCUCGGGAUCCAGUGGGACUGAGCAGUGCAGCCUCUUGCGUGUACCUGGUUGAGCACAGUGAUGCUACUCUUGGGAAGAGCACUGCUGCCAAGAAUGCUGGUACUUCAGCCUCCCUUGUGAUGGUUCUGUGGAUGCAGUCCAAAAUGAAUUUCUGGAAUGUCACAGUUAAGGACUGAGAUUAGAAAGAAAAGCAGCCCCUUUUGUAGCUGGAGAACUAGAGCACUGAUACUGUGAGCAACCUUUGGUAACUCACACAACAGCCAGAGGCUGUUGUCCUGUGGCUUUAGAAUAGAAAUAGAGGUUAUCAUCUUAGCUUUAGAUCAUCUGUAUUGAAAGUUGAUUUUUGUGUUGGUCUCUUUUUCCAUACCAAUAAUAGUAAAAAGGUAGGACACUAAAUUUAUGCUUUACAAGGUCGUUUUUUGUUCCUAAUAUUUGACACAGCUGGGUACAAGUAUUCAUGUUUCUGGCAAUUAAGUGUAAUAUAAAUUAACACAGUAACAGGUGCUGGCCUAACUGGGAUCAAGCAUUAUUUUCCAUGUUCUCUUGAGCACCUCUAGCCUGCAAAGUAUUUUGCCUACUGGUUGCAGUAAGUUUGGUUCAUCUUUUGGGAACAUGGCUGUCAAUGCAGCUGGCUGGAAGGCUAAAACCUGCAGGAACAGUGAAACUGGGCAAUGGCUCGUUAUUUUAUUCAAAACUGUUAACAUCUCUGCUGUGAAGCACUAAGCAAAGAUGGUAUAAAACUUGUCCUAAUAAAAUCCCAAGCUGUGCUUUAAGUGAUUUACAAUCUCGGAAAAGAGCAGAUUUAAUUAAAAUUAACUGCAUUGAAAAACAAUUAAUUUCCACUGAGGCUUUAGCAUUGAAUUUGCUUUGACAGCAAACUACCUUGAACUAAAUAGCUGAAGCAGGGGCCAGUGCUAUCCUGAUAUUAUGGUCAGUUUAGUCACAGGACAGAAUAAGAAAACACAAAUCCCAGCAGUUAUGGGCCAUGGCUACCAGCCUGACCUCACAGUACUGUACAGCCUGCAUGGUCAAAAGGCAGCUCAGUCAGCCCACAUCCUCAUGAUCCUACUCCCUUGGAGCUCUAGUGAAAACUGAUAUAAUGGGACCCAUGAAAAAGAGUUUUGUAGUUGCUUAACAAGUGCCAUAGCUCACAGGAUUAUCUUUUUCUGGAAAAGAAAUCCAGAAGUACUUAGACCCAUGUCGGAACAUUCCUCUGACCAACUGCCAGUGUUGGGAAGCAAAUGCUCAUGUUAUGGUUAAUUAUGUCUGAAAGCCAUCUAUGUACAUCAGUCCCAUGCUACCUCUGAUCAAUACUAAAUAAAGCCAUUUCCUUUUUACAGCAAGAAAACAACAUUCUGAAGAAA